AUGGCUGCCACAACAGCAAGGCGGCUGUUGUGCCGUUCAGUGCGGCUUGGAACGAGCAGCUAUGCUCUCCGUGCCGUUGGUGGCCUCCUGCGUCCUGCCCCUGCCUUUGCCGCAGCAAGACGAAACUUCUCCGGACAUCCCGAUUUUGAGCCACAGAGCAACGUCUCCGGGGCAGACGACAACAAGGUUCAUGACAUGCUGAAGCAGCUGGUCACAGAGAACGAGGUGGUUCUCUUCAUGAAGGGCAAUCCAGAUAUGCCACAGUGCGGCUUUUCCAGGGCUGUUGCCCAGGCCCUGGAAGAGGUGGGUUUCUCUGACUAUGCCUACGUAAAUGUGCUGAAAUAUCCUGAAGUGCGUGAAGGUGUGAAGAAAUUCUCUGAUUGGCCAACGAUUCCUCAAUUGUACGUGAAAGCAGAGUUCGUGGGUGGUUGUGACAUCGUGAUGCAGAUGCACAAAGAUGGUGAGUUGAAAGAAAUCCUGCCAAAACCCAAGACCAGUGAGUAA